UAUUAUGUGAAGUCAACGUUAAUGACCCUUGUUUAAAAUAUUUGCUGAUUUACCGUAAAGUGUCUACCCAUCCUUUUACCUCCUACCCUAUUGAAUGAAAUUAUCGAAUUCGGAAAAGAAAGUGGUAAAUUAGAAGGACGAGCAGGAUAUUUUUGCAUUUAUAAGCUAACUGGAGUAGUUCCUUCGAUCAUUAUUGUGAUUUGACGCGGCGGAGUCAACAAGUUUGCGGAUUGAUCGGUUUUGACGCUUGCAAGUACUCGGUGGUGGAGUAAUUUUUAUAAAACUCAAAAAUGGAUUCUAGCUUUCGUAAUUUCACUUGGAUUCUCUGCUUGGUGUUCCUAUGCGGCCUAAUCAAUGCUGACGAUUCGUUCACCGUAUCAGACUUGUCAUCGAAUACUGCAGCUUCCGAUGAUAAACCUCAAUUUCCAUCAUUAGAAAACUUGAAAAGUAUAAGAUACGAAAAUGGCUACAGUGGAGUUUUGAUCCCCGAAAGAACCAUUGAUAAAGCUGAAGCAUACUUGGAAAAUAUCGGAGUAGAUAAAGGAAUUUUAGAAUACAUCAAAACGCUGAUCCCAAAAACUGCCAAAGCUUUGUUCAAAUUCAUUCUGAAAGCCGGAGCUGUCGCCGUUACUGCCGUUUUAGUUUUAUUAAUCACUUCCAGUAUUGCUACUGCAUUUUGUUCGUAUUCCGAAUUAUGUUCUAUAAGUUAUUUCAAUAGUCUAGGAUGGCAAAAAAGAGGUCUUGAAGAAUCUGUCAGAGCUUUCAUAACGCCAGAAAAAAUGUCGUAUUUAGGUAGUUUUGUUCAUAAUGCCAUAAGUAAAUACGAAAAUCUGAAUAGGAAAAAAUCCAAAUCGUUAUAAUUUUGAGACUGAAUUUAUUUUUUCUGUAUAUGCGCUCGACUUUGUAUUUAUUUGUUAAUUUAUUUAUUUAUUAAAUUAUUGUGACCGAA